AUGAUUGACAGCUGGGGACAGCACAGGCCCGGGACCCCACAGGCUGGGACCAAUGGGCUGCCAAAGUAUUCAUACUGGCUGGACAUCUGGCUCUUUGUGCUCUUGGACAUGGUGCUGUUCCUCUUUGUGUACCUCUUGCCCUGA